AUGCCCACUCCCUCUUGCUAUAGGUUCUUUCGGGCACUGCGUUCCCUGUGCGUACCAAUAACGACAGUUAUUGGUUUCUCUCUGCUUCUUACUUGGAUAUUUGUUCUCUACCAGCCGAGUCGAGGUCCAGGGAUGGUCCAAAGAAUGGGUUGGCAAGCUUGGGAAGUGGUUAGCAUGAAUGAGGCUGCCGAUACCAAGGCUGGGACCACUACUUUGGGCAACACAACAAACACACCAGAAGGAGAUAAAGUGGACAACUUGAGUCUACCAUUAGAUGUGUGGUCUCCUCUUCUCCCCCAUGACACUGGCCUCUCUGAAAUCGCUGUUGUACGAUGUCUUAUUAACCCUGAGGUUGGUGGUGAACUGUGCGGACCCGAUACGACACCUGAGCGAGACGCGAUUAUGGGCAAAUGGGUCCGUGUUGGUCGAAAUUUGAAUCUGGAGGCCGGUUAUAUGUCCGGUUGGUUGGUUGGUAAUGUGUAUUAUCGUCGCACAAGGCGUCAAGAUAUCAACCUUAUAACCGACAUUCGUCUCUUGCCCGAAAAAGAACAACCCGAGCCAUUGGAUGGAUGGCAUCAAGCUCACACUUCUUUGAGAGCUGGAGUGCUGAGGAUACCCCCCUUAUUUAUAUGGUAUAAGACGGGCAAAACGGCAGGUCAAAUGACGUCAGAAGAGAAAGCGCACAUUAUCACUGAACUAGACGUGAUCUACGGGGAAGAUGUCCCGUGGUACGGUUUUGAGAAGCUUAAGCCCGCCACACUACCCGAGAAAGGAAGAGUUCAGGCGACUUGGUUGACAUACAGACGGGGCGUGAAAGCUGUGCCUCGUGCUCCACCACUGCACUUCUCCCGCUCAGGAAAUUUCAAGAUUCUUCAAGUCGCUGAUCUGCACUUCUCCGUUUCGCAAGGGGUUUGCCGCGACACCCUGCUAAACCCUUGUGAACACUCAGACAACCUCACUAAUUCCCUCAUUUCCCGUGCACUUGACGCUGAGAAACCAGAUCUCGUAGUUUUUAGUGGCGACCAACUGAAUGGACAGGGCACCACAUGGGAUCCAAAAUCUGUUUUGGCAAAAUUUGCUCGAGCAGUAACGGAUAAGGGUAUUCCAUGGGCCGCUGUCUUUGGCAAUCAUGACGAAGAGGACGGUCUCGCGAAAGAUCAACAGAUGACCCUGAUGAAAGCCUUGCCAUACAGCCUUGUAGAGCGAGGUCCAAAGGAUGUCCAUGGUGUUGGGAAUUACGUUUUAAAAGUCAAGAGCGCGGAUGCGUCAAAGACGCACUUGCUGACUCUUUACUUCUUGGAUUCCGGCUCUUAUUCCAAAGGAGUGCUUGAUUGGUUUGGAUUUUUCAUCCCAACAGAAUAUGAUUGGAUACGUCAGGUCGGUGCCUCAAUCAAAUCAAUACAACGGCCCUUCUCUCCUGAUACCGGGAAAGACCUUGGCCACAAUUGGGAGGUGCGACAACAGCCAGAUGACCAAAUCACGCCCGCUGUGGCAAAGCUGGCGAAGCCAAAUGCCCUGAUGUUCUUCCAUAUCCCUUUGCCAGAAUCUUAUAGUAAGGCAGACAUAGAUUCUCAAACAAAGAAGCCCCUUGAUGUGGGCUUGCACGGUCUGGAGUCGCCCGGCAACGCGAAGAAGAGCGAUGGCUUUUUCGAAAGGGGCAUCCUAAAAGCUUUGGAAAGUGAGCACAUAACCAACAAUAUUCAAGAGGUGAAAGUUAUUGGGAAUGGACAUUGCCAUGUGACGGAAAACUGUCGUCGCGUAAAGGGGGUGUGGUUCUGCUUUGGUGGUGGAGGAUCAUACUCUGGCUACGGAAAAAUUGGGUUUGACCGCAGAUUCCGUGUUUAUGAUAUUUCAGACUACGGGGAGACAAUUCGGACGUAUAAGCGCACGGAGAAGGAUGAUAUUGUAGACGAUAUGAUUCUGGCGGGGAAAGGGGCACCUCAGCUAAACGUAUAA